GAUUGUUGAGAAGGCUCAUAACAGUGCAGUAUUUAUGAACACAAUCGGGAUAAGCAGGCAUCCUGUUAUAGGCCUGAAGCAAUCUGAGACAUCUCCUCCUCCUGAGCAGCUUGCCUUUCAGAGAUGUAUCAGUGAGAAGAAGAUCAAACAUCGAAUGAAGCUCGAAGGCUUUGGCAAAGAAAGAGAGUUUAAGAAAAUUGAGCUGGUAAAUCUCAGCAAAGAUUAUAUGAACAAGAACAGGGCUGAGCCUCUAACUGAAGAGGGUAAGCACAAUUUGAUUGAGAUCAAAGAAGUCAAACCCAGAAAGCUGAAGGGAGGAAUGAACGGUAGUAAUGCAGCCAGAAGAAAGACUAUCAUCAACUCUAAAUAAAACAGCAUCUAAACUUACAGAUACUGAACUGAAGAAGGAAAAGAAGCCUAGAGUCCCUAAGACCAGGAGGCCUCGCUUGAAGGCUGAGAAGAAGGAGUCAAAGGCUUUGGAAUCUCUUCAGAGAAAAGAGUGUACCUACGAACCAUCUAGUAUUAAGAUCUUCAAGGAGGAUUACACUCAUCUGGAUGACUGCUUGAUUAACAAUGUCCUUCAAGACUAUAAUAAUUUUGUUAACCUCACUUUCAAGAACAAAGGGGAUGAAUAUGACUUCUGCAAUAUUAAGCGCCUAGCCAAAAGAUUCGGGAUCGUGAUCAACCAGAAGGCACUCCAGGAAGAGAAUGGGUUCAAGGACAAAACAAUCAUAGCACCAAUCAAGGAGAAACUUCUUAAUUAUCUCUGGAAGACACUUAAUGAUGAGAAUGGCAUGGAAACAUUCCACCUAAAGUCAUCAAAGGGCUAUCCCAAGCUCUACAAAUUCUUUGUAGGCAGAGGAAAUAAUUGAGAAGCUGUCAAGUCUAUUAUGAAUAAGAGGCCGUGGUGGAACCACCAUACAAAGAGAGAUUUACACGAGCUUAACUUCCUAUGGACCCAAUGGAAGGUGAAUUCUGAAUUAGACAAACUCCCUUGUAAAAUCAUGAAAACAGGAGAUUCAGAACAUAUAUGAAGCUCAAGUGAAGAAGAGGAAGAGGUUGACUGUUCAAAGAAUAUGCUCAGCUCUAAAUAUUGUCAAAAGUUUGAUCCAGAGAAAAAUAUUCCUUUUGAAAGUCAGAAGGUUUACAACCGUGUAGAGGCUAACUUCCACUUAGCUAACAAGAAGAGUUUGCUUAUAAACAUGAAGCAAUACUAUGAAUCUAUGGGAGCAGAUCCUUUUGAGUGCUUGCCACUCACAUUCCACAUUAAAGGUGGAAGCAGUGAUCCAGAAUUUGAGACAUUCAAGAAACACUUCUUUGAGCAAAAGGAAAUCGCUGAAAAGGAGAAGAAAACCCAAAAUGUGUGGAUCAUCAAACCAGGAGAGAACUCUAACAGAGGUGGAGGCAUCAAUGUGUCUAAUGACUUCUAUGAAAUCAAAGGGUUGCUUAACAGCCUGAGUAUCAAGAGUAAGAGGACUUGCAUAAUUCAGAAAUACAUUGAAAAGCCUCUAUUGAUAAAUAAAAGAAAGUUUGAUAUACGUAUCUUCACGCUACUAACUUGUUAUAACCAAGGCUACAUGAAGGCGUAUUUUUACAAAGAAGGGUACCUCAGAACCUCCUGUAAGGAGUUCAGUCUUGAAGACCUUGAUGACAACAUGAUUCAUCUCACUAACGAUGCUGUUCAGAAGCAUGCAGAAGAGUAUGGAAAAUACGAAUUAGCUAACAAGCUUUCCUAUGAUGAUUUCCAAAAGUAUUUGGAUGUAAACCACAAGGAGAAAUCAAUCUGAUUUUAUCGUGAUUUACUCCCCCAAAUCAGAGGUGUAAUUACAGAUUCUUUCAGAGCAGUCCAUGGAAAGGUCGAUCCAUACAUGCGUGAGAAUACAUUCGAAAUUCUCGGAUAUGAUUUCAUGAUCGAUGAAGACUUCAGACCCUACCUGAUAGAGGUCAACACUAACCCAUGACUUGAUAGAUGAUGUCCGUUACUGUCCAGACUCAUCCCAUCGAUGCUUGAGAAUUCCGUCCUAAUCGGAGUGGAUCCUCUAUUUAUCCCCCAGAGCGGAUUCUUAGAAAGCAGGAAGAUGGCCAGUGAGUUGUGAAAGGAGAACAAAUACGAGCUGAUAUUUGACUCCAGGACAGACGGAAAUAAGAAAAGCGAGGAUUAAUUAUUACUAUUUUCAUUGCUA